AUGCAGCAGGAGAUUGAUGCAUUAGAAGGGAACAAAACCUGGGAGUUAGUUCCACUACCUGCUAGCAAGAGGGCAAUAGGCUCAAAUGGUGCAAAGCCAGUCACAACACCACUUGAAGCCAAUACCAGACUAACCACUGUUGAAUUUGACAAAUUGACUGGUGACACUGAUGAUCCUUUACUUGAAGACAUAUGCAGUUAUCAAAAAUUAAUUGGGAAGCUGAUCUAUCUUACCAUCACACGCCCAGACAUUUGCUUCACAGUUCAGGUACUCAGUCAAUUCAUGCAGCAGCCAAAAAGGUCACACAGGGAAGGAGCAUUGAUAGUGGUGAGAUAUAUCAAGGGUAGUCCUGGUUUAGGGGUUUGUCUAAGCCAGACCUCAGUCACUCAAUUAACAACAUAUUGCGACUCUGAUUGGGCUGCUUGUCCUAACACUAGGCGCUCAGUCACAGGAUAUGUCAUUAAGCUAGGUGAUUCUCUGAUCUCAUGGAAGCCAAAGAAAUAA